GGACGCACGCGAGCAGACACAUUAUUGCCCGCCCUCGAAUUGUACGAGGCCAAUGCGACCAUUACCCUCAGCAGUGAUUGGGAUGCCGACACGCUGUCGCCGUUGGAAAAGAUCCAAACAGUGUUGACUCGACCCGACGGCAGAUCGUUUCCUGACGUAGCGACUGUCAUCCCAAUGCUUACAAUCAACCCGGCAUAUCUACUCCAGCACGAUGACACUACGGGUUCGAUCGAGGUUGGAAAAUUUGCCGAUCUGGCGGUGAUUGACCAGGACAUUUUCAACAUGCCGGUCGACGAAAUAUCCACAGCAAAUGUUACGAGGACAUAUCUGCAAGGAGAUCUCAUAUUUGGUCCUGGUGCGGAUGUAUCGAGAGUGGAUGGGUCCAUUGAAAUCAGUGAAACUGAUCCGACUGGAGCUGGAUCCGAGGAAAACGGAGCGACUGACCCCAAGGAUGUUGAAAUCGACACUGGCGGCAAUGUUGCCGUUAGUGUGGAAGGGCAAUCAUCAAGUCCAGCUGUCUUCUCGAGUCUGCUGGCGGCUUGCUUGUGCUUCUCUGUUUCAUUACUCAGUUUUCUGUAG